AUGUCAUCUGAGCCCGAAGUGCAUUCCUACCUCGAUGAGUGUUUUCUGGAUGAAUUUGAUAUCAUUGUGGUGGCGUUCGCGAAACCCACAGCAACAAAUCACGACCAAUUACAAUUACCCAUCUCCCUUGAGCUCUUUGAAAGAGUGUCUCAAGCGCUGGAAAUUUCUCCAGCGCUCUUAGGUGUGGUUCACACGGGACUUGCUUCCUUCAUUGCCUCACCGAGGGCAAAGAGCGGAGCAUCCGUCCAAGAAAACGAGCAGCUUCUUAUUCAACAAACUCGAUCGCUUUCCUCUUUUUCCAUGGGUGUAACAAAAACCAAGACAGGUCAAACACGAAUCUUGAUCUUUGGAGCUCAGGCAUGGUCAUUAUCGGAGCUGUUUGAUUAUUUAGAGUCAGCCGAUGCCUCUCUUGCAGCCAACAUGUCAAUCUCCAUUCCGGCGUCAGCGCUUGAGCUCCAAGCCUGGUGGUUUACGGGGACGAUGAACAGUCUUAAGAGCCGCAUCCGUACAAUCGAGAACACAACCGGGAUGAGGAAACCAAUUAAUCACGAAGAUUUACAACAGUCUUCUCCACAUUGGCAGGACCUCGAUAUGGUACCCCUCCUUGGCGAGCUUAGUAGUUUGCUAAGCAGGCUUUCUUUCCUAAAAAUGCAAGCUGAGACGGCGUUAUACCUCAUCCAGCGAAUGCAACAGUAUACAGAAGGACAACAAUAUUCAGAAGCAGUGGCUGACAAGACUGUGGAAGUACACCAAUUCCCGAGCCAUGAGGACCAAAAAGAGCUGCUUGUUAAGUUAGAGAACGCUCGAGGCUGGUAUUUGGGGCUUGUCACUCAGGGUGAAUACUUGAUGCGGCGAACAUCUGCCCAGACCGACACGAUACAUUCUCUCCUAGCAUCUCAGAACAGCAUCGUCAAUAUCGACAUUGCUCGCGCAUCGAAUGCUAUGGCUGAGUUGAGUCGGAGUGACAAUCAAGCAAUGCUUAACCUGAGUGAACUGAGCCGCCGCGACGCCAAGCUUAUGAUUGAAAUCGCCCGAGAUUCACGUUCUGUUGCACUUUCUACUGCCCGGGACAGUGCGUCCAUGAAAGUACUCGCUGUUGUUACAGUUCUUUUCCUGCCAGCCACAUUCACUGCUACUUUCUUCUCUAUGACCUUCUUUAGCUUUCUUGGGCAAGGAGGCCCAGAAGUUUCACCGUGGAUCUGGAUUUACGUGGCGGCAACCGGUCUCUUAACUGCCAUUAUUCAAGUAAUCUGGGCGAUUAUGUCGCGUCGAAGCCAGGCCAGUCUACUGUCUGAGUCUGAUGGAAAGGUGGAGGGGUUACAGACUCCGCCCUAG